AUGGGUCUCUUCUCGCGAUCGCCGGCGUCGACGUCCAGUGCCACGCUCGACAAGGAUGUUGGACCAGUUACCAAGGACGUGUACCUCACCCCGCGGGAGGGGAUUACUGUCACGAAGAAGUGGACAUAUGACGAGGAACAGCUGCAGAAGAUUGAGCAGUUGAAGGAGUACACGGCAACACUCCUCCUCCCCGAAAGCGACCCAUAUCACGUAUGGGAGAAGCGCUUCCUCGACGAUGUGGGAACGCACGCGCGCUUCAUGCGCGCGGCCAAGUGGCACCUCGAGAACGGCAAGAAGCGUAUUUUGGCGACGAUGGAGUGGCGUCGCGAGUUCCGUCCAGAGCUGAUUGAGCCGGAGGAUGUGGCUGUCGAGGCGGAGACGGGCAAGAUCGUUAUCUCCGGUUUUGACAAGGACGGUCGCCCGAUCGUGUACAUGCGCCCGCGGUACGAGAACACGGAGACGUCGCCGCGUCAGAUCCGGCAUCUGAUUUAUGUGCUCGAACGCGCCAUCGAUAUCUGUCCCGAGGGCCAAGAUCAAGUGUGUAUCGUCGUCGACUACAAGCAAGCGACGUCGAACAACACGCCCAGCGUCAGCACUGGUCUGCAAGCGCUCAACAUUCUUCAACACCACUACGUCGAGCGCCUCGGCCGCGGCUUGGUCGUCAACAUGCCAUGGUGGAUCAAUGCCUUUUUCAGCGCAAUUCAACCGUUCAUGGACCCGAUUACGCGGGACAAGAUCCGGUUCAACCCCAAACUCCUGGAACUUAUUGAUGGGGAUCAGCUGGACCGCGAAUAUGGGGGCGAGUACAAUUACGUCUUUGAAAAGGACGUCUACUGGCCUGCGGUGACGACGUUCUGUAAUAUCGCAGAAGACGGGGGUCGCGUGGAUGCCGAGGGGACGAAGUUUGUGCCGCCGUCGGGGAACGGGGCGGCUUGGGCUUUGCAACAACAUGAGAUCGACAAGCAAAAGAAUGGGAAUGAGAACAGGGCCGAGGUCGACGUCAAGGUCGCUCCGGCUGCGCCGGCGCCCGCGGACCAGCCCGAACUCCCUCUGCCUCCCUCUGCCACUGCUGCGGCGGCCGUUCCUGCUGCCGACGCCGUGGCGGACGACCUCGCCAAGACUACCCUCACCGAGCCCGCCGCCGUCAAGAUCUAG